UUAAAAGAAUACUUAAAACAAAGGGGCAUUCAAAGCUCAAGAAAACGUAAGGUUGAACUGGUAGAACUUUGUGAGAAAAGUGAGGAGAUAAAAGUCCCAAAAAUUGCUGAAGAGGAAGCACCACUCGAUCCAAGAAUUUCUAUGAAAGAGCAACUGAAAACCGAUGAGGGAGAUCUCGCAAAUCCGUUGGAUAACGAAAACCGUGUUUUUUCCCAAUGGACCAAAAACCUCACUAACGUACCGGACUUCAGAUUCCCCGAUCUUUUUAAUUACCUGGUGGGAAAAGAUCCCGUAUACAACAGCGAAAGCCUAAAAAGUUACAAAUCUCUAUUGGGGUACAAAUUAUUUUCUGAUGGACAUGUGGAAGAACUUUGGUAUCACCCACCUCAACCCAAUAGUAAUUACAGUUAUUCUAAGUUUGCUGUAAAGCCAACUGAAAAAUCCAAGACUGUUGAUGGUUCAGCAACAUACAGAGGGUUUUUCAUUUUAAAGAAGGAUGGAAGUGUCAAUUCAGCCUACUGCUUAUGCAAAGGAGGGUAUGUAUUUUCUUCUUUUGAUUUCUGA